GUGGCCGCUGCCCCGCCGAGGCCUGCCGGUGCGCCAGCUCCCGCCGCCCCUGCCGCCGGCGCGCGGGCCCCGCCGACUGGCGCGCCCGCUGCCGCGGAGGCCUCGCCCCGCGCGGGGGCGCCCGGGGAGGCCGCUGGCGUCCACGGCAGGCGUCGGCCAGGCAGGCCGCCCGGCCUGGCGCGCGGCGCGGCAGCGCGCGCGGCGGCGUCGGCGGAGGCGCGCGCGGGCAGCGCGCCCGACGGGACGUCGCCCUGCGCCAGCGGCGCGGCGCCCUCGCCUCGCCCCGUGCUGGCUGGGCGUGCGGGGCUCGCCGCUGAAGCGGGCGGCGGCCCCGAGCUGGCUGGUCCGCUCGGCGGAGCCAGCUGCUCCGCCUCGGCUGUCGGCACUGCGCAGGGUGGCGCCGACGGCAAGAGGCGGAGGCUGGGGCCGGAGCCGCAGGCGCAGGCGCCGGCGCAGGCGUGCGGCAGCCUCGCGGCGGGCGCCGCCGAGGCGCUCCAGCUGCCGCAGAGGAGCGCGGCGGCCGAGGAGCUGCUGAGGGGGUGGCAGACCGCCAGCAGCGGCAGCUGGGCCCCCUUUCCGCCCAGCGGCGGAUGGGCGGACCUCGAGCCGUCGUGGGCUGCGCAGGUGUUGGGCAGGGACCCGCCGUGCCUGACGCUGCGCAGCCGGGCCCUCGAGGACGCGCAGAACGAUACCGCUGGGAAGAUGCACAUGGGGACGAUGCUGCGGGGCGCUGACUGGAUGGCAGAUGGGUUUGAAUUUGGCACACACAAGCUGCUGUCCACUGCUGAGCUGGCUGAAGAUAUCAUGGACGCAGGCGGGUGUGCCAAAGUCAAGACCUCGCGGCUCCACUCUCUGUUCCAGGACCUGCUGCACAAGGUGAGGUACCCGCCGGCGGCCAUGGAGUGCAGCUGGCAGCUGCGCCGGCUGGAAUACGAGACCGGGCGCAGGCUGCAGGCGACGCCGGAGGACCUUCUGGGCGAUCUGCCGGAGCGGCCCUUCAGGCUGCUGGACAACAGCAACGACGCGCUCGCGACGCAGCCGCCCCGCUUCGGUGACCACCCGCUGAGGGCGGAGCAGCUGCGCUCGCUGGCGUGGAUGCUGCGGCGCGAGGGGUGCGGAGGCGUCCGGCCCGAGCCCUUCGUGGUCGAGUGGCGGCGCUUCUGGAGCCCAGGGACCGCCAGCCUCGGUCUCGAGGAGGAGUUCGAUACAGAGCAGGUGACGCCAGGCGCGUCGGUGCGCCUCCGCAGGGAUGCGGCGGGGCCUGUGGUGGACUGCGAGACGCAGCAGGCGAUCUCUGCGUGGCCGGACGGAGAGGGCAAGUGCGUCCGAAGGGAGGGCCUGACCGCGGUCGUCGACUUCAGCGACGCGCAGGCGAUGCUGCCACGGUCGACCACCCUCACGUGCCAGGUCCAGGACCUCGAGUUCUGCGACCACGGCAGCCUCGAGGUGGGCUGCCUGGUGCAGAUCGUCCCUGGCACCAAGGCCCCCUCCUUCGGCUGGGGCGGCGUCAAGCCCACGUCCGUCGGCGUCCUGCUCAGGCAGGACGGCGACAUCCUGACCGUCCACUUCGCGACGCACCCAGCGUGGAGGGGCAGGAGGGACGAGCUGCAGCGGGCGGACGCGGGCAUCCAGGGCGAGCUGUGGACCCUGGACUUUGAGACUUGCGGGUGCGGGCCUCCUACGACGUACUCGGCGGCAUCCUGGCGGACAAGAUCGGCUACGGCAAGACCGCCACGUGCAUCGCGCUCAUCGACGCGACGCUGGAGGCGCCGCCGCCGCCGCUGCCGGAAGCCGAGACUGGCAGCUUCAUCCCGGCCCGGGGCACGCUGGUGGUGGUGCCUUCGAACUUGUUCGAGCAGUGGCUCAGGAGAUCUCCAAGUUCGUGUGGGGCGGCCGCAACAUCCGGGACCGGCUGCAACGGGGCUGGUCGCCGCCGGGCUGCCCCUGGCGCAUCUUCGCCAUCACGAAGGUCUCGCCCCUCACGCGCGUCGCGGCCGGCGAGCUGGCAGAGGCCGACGUUGUCCUCUGCUCGUACAGGCUACUCUUCGCGGAGGAGGGCCCGGAGCUCUGCGCGCGCGCCGCGGGGGCCCCGCCGGACGCCCUGGGCCGCGCCGCCGCGCCGUCGCUGGCGGACCUCGUGGCCGCCACGGGGCGCCUGCUGGCCGGCGGCGGCGAGAUGCCCAGCGGCCGCAGGGGCGCGGGCUCCGUGGGCCGGUGGCAGGA